AUGGUCGAAAGUGCUGGAAGUUAUUUAAACCUUUAUACGGUCUUUACCGUAACGUCCUUUUUCGCUUUCGAAAAUAAAUUUGUAAUCGCUAAUAUAUUUUUAAAAUUGUCGAAAAUUUGCGGGGCUCCUUUGGUAUUUUAUUCCGGUAGCUUAACGGCCUUUUCCAACGUGCUCGACGUAGCGUUAAGCGUUAUUAUAAACGGUACGAAAUUGCAAAUGCCCUUUUCAAAUUUGCUCGAUCCUUUCCGGUUAAUCGGUGCAAAAGCGAAUGGUUACCGGGUUACGGGCCGAAUGCGGGGUUACUUAAUAAUAAUGUUAUUUUACGACAUAAAAAGGAAAGUGGUAAGAAAAGUCCUCGUUUUAAGAGGACUAAAAGCGGUCCUUAUAUGCAAAGCUUUCAGUUCCAAGAACUACUUUUUGGGUUUCGUAAUCCGUAUUACAUACGGAUCCAUAACACGCUUUAAGCUUUAA